GGCUAGAGAGAUGCGUUCGUAUCACGUGGAAGGGGCGCCCGGAGGAUCACGUGGUGCAAGAGAUGGCGGCUCCGGCGGAGCGAGAGGCGGGCGGCGGCGCCGAAGAGGCGUUUCUUACUUUCUACACGGAGGUGAAGCAAAUAGAAAAGCGGGACUCUGUUCUAACAUCAAAAAACCAAAUUGAGAGACUUACAAGACCUGGAUCAUCCUAUUUCAACCUGAAUCCAUUUGAGGUGUUGCAGUUGGAUCCUGAAGUUACAGAUGAGGAGAUAAAGAAAAGGUUCCGUCAGUUAUCCAUAUUGGUGCAUCCUGACAAAAACCAAGAUGAUCCUGAAAGAGCGCAGAAGGCAUUUGAAGCUGUCGACAAAGCAUACAAGUUGUUGCUGGACCAGGAACAAAAGAAGAGGGCCUUGGACGUGAUACAGGCUGGAAAGGAAUAUGUAGAGCACAUUGCAAAAGAAAAAAAGAAACAGUUAAAGAAAGAUGGCAAAUCAAUCAAUAUAGAAGAGGAUGAUCCAGAAGUUUUCAAACAAGCAGUGUACAAGCAGACAAUGAAACUCUUCGCAGAACUCGAAAUUAAAAGAAAAGAGAGAGAAGCAAAAGAAAUGCACGAAAGGAAGCGGCAAAGAGAAGAAGAAAUAGAGGCUCAAGAGAAAGCCAAGCGUGAGCGAGAGUGGCAGAAAAACUUUGAGGAAAGUCGGGAUGGACGUGUGGACAGCUGGAGGAAUUUCCAGGCAAAUACAAAAGGGAAGAAAGAGAAGAAAAAUAGGACCUUCUUGAGGCCCCCCAAAGUGAAGAUGGAGCAGCGUGAAUGAGCCUGGCUUUUAUAGGCUCCAGUGGACACUCAUAUCAUUGCCACAUUGAACCCUUUCUUGCUUUUCCUGUAGGAUCUUUAUUUUCAGUAUGAUUGAACCUUGGUCUGAGUAUUUUCUGUCUUCUGCACGUUUGCCCUGAGAUUCAUGGCGUGAUGUCCAGGGCCAAACCUACUGCACUUAGAACACCUGGCUAACUUAGAAAGACCCUACCGUAACUGCUGUUGCAUUUACUUGUCUUCCCCCCGUAAGUUAAUGUUCUGUAUUGCAAGGAUAUUGCUGUUCAAAUCACCGUUAAACCUAACUUGUAAAAGUGUCCAGCUGAGGCAAAUGCUGAAAAUGGUCAUCUGGGCCAGUUGUCAUGUUUUUGCCUGCAUCAGUUUCCACUUGGCAGUAGUGAGAAUUGAGCCUGAAAUAGAGAUGCAUAGUUGGACUUCACAAAAGUUCCCAACUCAGUUACACAGAGGAAAAUUUAUCCCUUGGCUCUGACUCUCAGCUGGAAACUCCUGCAUUCCAGGACUGCAGAUGAGUAACUGGCCUUCUAGACUUCCAGACCCCUCUUUGUAAAUAAAAAGUCUUGCAUUGGAUAUUCAGUUAGUGGCAAUGUUCUGUAUGUAAAAUAAAUUUUUACCCAAACAC